CCACAAUUUGGACAAUUUUACAACCCGAGUUUUGGUCAGACAUUGUCUUCCAACACCAAUCAGUCCUCGUCACCAGUUUCGCCAACGAACGAUGCUGUGCCAUCGAUUACAGGGCAACGAAACACAAACAAUCAGCUCACACCUUGCACACGAUCUCCCAACUCAUCGAACAGUGUGCCGGAUGCAGAGUCCACUGAUUCGAAGACAACCACAGUGGACUUUGCCCACACAGGAACCGGCAGUUCCUAUUCUGUAAGCCCGGUUCGUGCAAAGCGGGCCACACGCGAACCUGACUUCUCAGAUGAAAGCAAUUCCGAUCCGCAGAUUUUGUUUGAAGACGAACAUCUCACCAUUUCCAGUCCGAAUUUG